ACGAGCCGAACUGGGCGUCAGGUCGGGGAGCCGGUCGGGUUCCCGCUCGCCGCCGCCGCCGCCGCCGCCGCCGCCGCCCCCCGCAGCGACUCUCCCGCCUCUCCAGUCGCGCUGGUCGCAGGACCUGCAUCGACAACUCUGCUCGGCUGUGGAGCCGCCGGCCCGAGAGUACAGUGUCCAGGACGCGACACACCGACCCCCCCAUCAUCUCCAGUCGGGGCGACCCCUCCCGGGUCCGCCUUCGCCCUGCGCGGCCGCCGGAGCCCCCGACUCCGAGCGGCCCCGUGGCCCGGCGUCCGCAUCCCGGCCCCUGCAGUCCGCGGUCGCCGCCCCCCACCCUGAACAUGGACUCCGACUCCUGCGCCGCCGCUUUCCACCCGGAGGAGUACUCCCCCAGUUACAAGCGGCGCAGGACCGUGGAGGAUUUCAACAAAUUCUGCACCUUUGUCUUGGCCUAUGCAGGCUACAUCCCUUAUCCAAAGGAGGAAGUCCCUCUGAGGAGCAGUCCCAGCCCCGCCAACAGCACUGCUGGUACCAUCGACAGCGACGGUUGGGAUGCCAGUUUUGCCGACAUCUCGACCACCGUGCCCUUGCCGGUCUCUGACCGCUGCUUUGGCCACCUGCAGCCCACCCUCCUGCAGCGAGCCAAGCCUAGUAACUUCCUGCUAGACAGAAAGAAGACUGACAAACUGAAGAAGAAGAAGAAGAGGAAGCGAAGGGACAGUGACGUGCCUGGGAAGGAGGGCUACGUGGGGGGCUUGCUGCAGCUGGAAGCCGCCGACCCAUAUGCAGAGACCCCCACGAGCCCCACUCUGCAGGAUAUCCCCCAGGCUGCUGGAGACCCCUGCUCGGGCUGGGACUCCGAUACUCCUUCCAGUGGGUCUUGCACCACAGUGUCACCGGAUCAGGUCAAAGAAAUAAAAACUGAAGGCAAACGGACUAUCGUCCGGCAGGGCAAGCAGGUGGUGUUCCGGGACGAAGACAGUACGGGCAACGACGAAGACAUCAUGGUGGAUUCUGAUGACGACUCCUGGGACCUGGUCACGUGCUUCUGCAUGAAGCCAUUUGCUGGCCGCCCCAUGAUAGAGUGCAACGAGUGCCACACUUGGAUUCACCUGUCCUGUGCAAAGAUCCGGAAGUCCAACGUUCCGGAAGUGUUUGUCUGCCAAAAGUGCCGGGACUCCAAGUUUGACAUCCGCCGUUCCAACCGGUCCCGAAUGGGCUCCCGGAAGCUGUUUCUGGACUGACUGCUGGAGGGCGAGGAGUUGGAAGGGACUGUGGGCCUGCUGGCCCUGGUCUUAGUUGAGCACAGGACUCUUAGCUCCAGCGCGGGCAGACCCCUGCCGUUUAGGUGCCUACACGAAAGGACCAGCUGUCCAAGGUAUAAACUGUACAUAGCCAGUGACUGAAUAAAAUCCUCGUUGGCCAGAGCUGCUGCUGGAGCUGUGGUCUCUGCAGUGGAGGUGGACUGCACACCCAAACGCAGCGGGUUUGGUCCAGCCGAACAUGAGGGUGUGUGGUCGUUGUGCAUUUUUGCUCUCAUUGUUGACAAACUCCCGCCGAUCGGAACAAGUGCUGGCUGUUACUCUUGCUUCCGCUGUGUUGGCGCGAGGAGAUGUUGUUUCCCCAGCCUGUUUAUGAACCGCCAUACGUGUGAACUUCUCCAGUCCGUCUUUUACCAUAAGUGUCUGUACAGCAACCAUCAAAGCCGCUCCUCCCUCAGUGGUUCCCCUCUCUCCUGCCUUAGGGGAUGCCUGUUCCCCUGGGGAUGGAGUCCCUGGCCUCACCCAGGGGUUGUGAGCUUGCUAGUGAGCCCCACGUUUUCUUAGGUUUGUUAAAGGGGACACUAUGCAGCUGCUUCUCUGUGGAAAGGGGGUUGGGGUCAUGGUGGCCCGUGUUCAUAACUCAGUUUCCUGUUUUGCACGAUGUAAAAAAAAAACCUGUCUUUUUGCACGAAAUAGCCAAAAGUAUUGGCAGACUUCUGCCUGGGUUCCCUUCCUCUCCAGUUGGCUUUGGAGGGCCUGGGGGUGCCCAGCAAGAUGUUUUCAAGUGAGGGGGCGCCUGGAUUCUUUCCUUGUCUCUCCCCCCUCACUUUGUUCUAGCAGCGACAUUAAAGGUUAGGCAGUCUCUGGGGGAGGGUGUUCUCCACAUAGUGGGGGUAGGGGAGGGAAAAUGGGGAGGAAGGCCUCCCUUAUGGGUAUUCUUAGUAUGCCCCUCGUACAGGCUGGCCUGCUGGUUCUACGGGGCAAAGUUAGGACUUUUGAAGCAGUUUUUUGGUUUGAGUUGGUGAGUGAGUGAGAUGGUAACGCUGGCCUCCAGGAAGGUACCACUGAACUUUGCAAAGUUCCUUAGAUCUAAAGUACGGCCCUGGACCGAGGCGACCCCUGUGCAGGCCAGCUCUGGAGAGGCCAAGGAGUUUGAAGCCCGGCAGGCCUCCACUGGAGGGCCAUGUGGCGGGACACUGAUGGGUCUCAGGCUUGAGGGAGAGGGAGGAUGUCUCUGUUCCUCGAAACUGACAUUACUCUAGCAGUUUAAAUACUCGUUCUCAAAAUUGUUUUUUUUGUAUAUUGAUGAGUGUGUCUUCAUAAACAUUAUUUCUUAUAAAGCAUGAAGAGGGAAGGGUGCCCAAGUCAGGCAUAUUUAUUGACAUCAAGAUGGAGCCUCAGUCUUCCCACAGGGGGACUUCUCUACAUGGUCCCCAUGUAUAGAGCCACCAGGCGGACUUGUGUCCAUGUUCUCUCACUGAAGCACCAGGAGGGUUGAACUGUAAUUGGCUGAUCAGAGCCUAUAUUUUGUCCUAGUAUCCUUCAUGCUUGACCAGCCAACUGCCUUUUUUGUUUUAUUUUUAAUUCUGUUGUUUCUAUUAACACAAAAAUAGAGAGAAAUAGUUUUUGAAAUCCAUUUUAUUGUGAAGAGCCCCAAGGGAGAUGUUCUACUGUAGAGAAAAAUAGGAGCUGGCUUAGAAACAACCUUCUCCCCAGACAACUGUCUGGCUCUGACUAGGGCAAAAGUCCAGGAAAAGUUGGAGAGGAAUUUGCCAAAGAUCUGCACCAUGACAUUGCCUGUCCUGUGUCUUCACCAUGACAGUAGCCAAAGUUUCCAAGUGUUUCUCUCUUAAAAAAAAAAAGACUCCACAGUUUUACAAGUGUUUAAGAAUAGGUGUGAUUUUAGGGUGGAGCUGCCAGUCCUGGCAAUUACCAUAUUGCUCUUAGAAGACUCAGUUCCUGGUGACGCCUCUGGAAGGCAUUUGAUACUCAUCUCGAUUUCUGUUUCCUUCAUUUGCUUUUGUUCUUAUAACAGAGUUAUCCCUGUGGGUGGUGUCUUAAGAAGUCAGGACACCACGGUUUUUCUGUUAGAUUGAGCUGGGCAGCUGCAAUCAGCUUUAUGCAAAUUAGGUAUGGCCCAUCUCCGGGUUCCUGGUUGGUGGCUGAUGGAGAAGGGAGGGAAAUUUGUCAUCCCCAAAGCAAGACCCUCCCGUCGGCUUUGGCCAGGCCAGACACUUAACAUCGUUUACAUUGUUCUGUGUAAUUAUAAAGUUUAUGUGUAUAAAGCGAAGCUGUUUCUGUGAAACUGUAUAUUUUGUAAAUAAAUAUAUUGCUACUUUGAGGUUCA